AUGAAACAAGGAAGACUGGAGUUCGCUGCCCUGGUCUGUACGUAUGUCACCUGGGCUCUAGGCAUUAUACUAGCAAUUAGUCGUCACUGGCGUAUUUGGGAGUUUGACACUAGCGAGAUCCAGAUUGUAUUCAUUGGGCUCUGGAAAGUUUAUUAUUAUCAGAAGGGUAACAACUCGGAUGUCCUGAGGAGUGUGACCAUGCACACCGGCGGUAACGAGAGCUGGGUCAUUCCUCCUGAGAUUCAGUACGGAAGAGAUCUCAUUCUCCUGGCCAACUUCAUGAAAUCCGUGGUCCUGAUAUUCAGCACGGAGGCCAGCAUUGUGAGCUGGAUUAAGGCUCCGUACCCCGACUUCUUGAGAUCCCACUAUAACAUUUCUGUAUUGUUUCUUCUACUGAGUAGCUUUUGUACUCUCGCUGCCGUGUUCUGGAACCACAUUGUGGAUUUUUAUGGCCAUACUACCUUUCAAUUCACGAGCACCUUUCCAGUUCAGAAAGAGGAACUGUUUAUGAAGCAUUUCUCGUACGUGCUCCCCCUGGGGAUCUUCACGGUCACCCUGUCGGUGUCAACCGCGGCCAUGUAUGUGUAUGAAAUAUGCGCGCUCAGAGAGAAGAUGAAGUCGUCUCAGACGAUGGUGAAAUACAAACCUUAG